UUUUUUUUCCCUUCCCCUUUCAACUCCUUUUUUCUCUCUCUUGUUUUUCUUUUCUUUUAUACUCAAGAUGGCACUUUUCGUUGCAAGAAUUCCAAAAGAUUUACACACACGUGAUCUUGAAGACACGUUUUCAAAGUUUGGCAAGAUGACUCGUUUUGAUAUAAAACAAGGUUAUGGAUUUGUUGAAUAUGAAGACAAGCGUGAUGCUGAAGAUGCUAUCAAAGCCGUAAGCACAAAGGGAGAUCUUGUUGUAGAAUGGGCUAAGAAUGGUGGAAAAAGACCUGGAGAUAAUGAAUGUUUUCACUGUGGAAAAAAAGGUCAUUGGGCUAGAGAUUGUGCUGAAAACCGUCGUCAUGGUGGACGUGAUCGAUCCCCUCGUCGUGACGGUGGACGCGGAUAUGAUCGCGGCAGAAGGUAUUAUGAAGUCCAGUGUGUGUAAAAAGAUUGUGCGCCUACACCUUUUCAUAUCUACACUUGAUUGAUUUAAACAUUCAGUAUCUGACCUAUUUUUAUUUAUGUUCUCUUGAUUGCUUUGUCUUUUGUUGUUGAUUCAAUUUCAAUUUCAAACAGAGACUAUGAUCAUCGCCAAGGACGUGACAGAUCCCCUCGCCGUCAUGGUUACCGUGGUGAACGACGUGAUUUAGAUAGACGCGACAACGAGAGACGCGAC